AUGUCCACUGUCAAGACUCUGGUUGUUGUUGCCAUCAAGAAACAUUGGCCUUUGUUUCAGCUUGAUGUCAACAAUGCUUUUCUGCAUGGGGACCUUGAUGAGGAGGUUUAUAUGAAGUUGCCUCCUGGUUAUUCUGUUCCUCUCACUUCUAAUUCUGGGCAGCUGGUUUGCAAGCUUCAGAAGUCUCUUUAUGGUUUAAGACAGGCAUCCAGACAGUGGUAUGCCAAAUUAUCUCAAUCCCUAUCUUCUAGAGGCUAUACAUCUUCUCCGAAUGAUUACUCCCUCUUCACAAGGGGCUCUGGUGAUUCUUUUGUUGUUUUAGCUGUGUAUGUGGAUGACAUAAUUUUGACUGGGACUGAUUCUACUGAGAUUUCAGCUUUAAAAUCCUUCCUUCAUCAACAAUUUUGGAUCAAGGAUCUGGGGUCUCUUAGCUAUUUCUUGGGGAUUGAGGUUCUAUAUUCUUCUACUGGGGUCCUUCUACAUCAAAAAAAGUUCAUUGCUGAUAUGUUGUCUGAGUUUCAUUGUUCAGAUGUUUCCUCUGUUUUGUGUCCUCUUGAUAUGAAUGUGAAGCUUAAAGCCAAUGAAGGUGAUCCUUUGCUCAAGACUGAACUGUACAGAUCUUUGAUUGGUAAGCUGAAUUUUUUAACUCACACGAGGCCUGACAUCAGCUAUGCAGUCCAACAUCUCAGUCAAUUUAUGCAGUCUCCCUGCCUUCCCCACAUGUCUGCUGGCUUGCUUCUAUUAAGGUACUUGAAGGGUACUUCUGAACAUGGGAUCUUCUUCAAUGCCUCUCCAGACCUGUCUAUUUCUGCCUUUUGUGACAGUGACUGGGCUGCCUGCCCUGACACUAGGCGUUCUGUCUCUGGUUAUUGUGUCUUAUUAGGUGGUAGCCUUGUGGUUUUGAAGUCCAAGAAGCAGCCCAUUGUUAGCAUGUCCUCUGCUGAAGCUAAGUAUCGAGCCAUGAGUAAAGGAGUGGCUGAGUUGACCUGGUUGUCUAGAUUGCUUACUGACUUAGGCUUUCCUUGUUAUUCCUCCAUUCCUUUAUUUUGUGACAGUCAAGCUGCGAUACACAUUGCUCGCAACCCAGUUUUCAAUGAAAGAACCAAACAUAUAGAGUUGGAUUGUCAUCUGGUUCGGACCAAGCUGGCUGAGGGUUUGAUUCAUUUGGUCCACACUUCUUCUUCUACUCAGUUGGCUGACCUCUUCACUAAUCCACUUCCAGGUGCUGCUCGUCAUG